GCAGUGCUCCUGCCGGCAGCAGUCUCCAGUGGCCGUGUCCCGGCACGGGAGGAGGUACCACCAGCUGCGCCGAUGCUGCUGCCGGGUCGGAGCUGUGGCUUGGGUCAGCCUCCUUGUAGCUCUGAGAGGAGCCUUUGCGAUGGAUGAGGGAACAGACUCUCUGAUGACUGUGCAUCUUCUGGCCAAUUCGGGUCACUCAUUGCUUCUGCAGCAAACUCUGGAUCGGCUUCUGGAGUGGAUCUGCCCAGACAUUCACCUUUUCCUGGUGUCCGAGCGAGUUACCCCAUUGAAAUACUAUGAGAGAUAUCGGAAGAGAAGCUGUGGCUUUCCUGGAAUAUCUGUUCUCCUUUUUCUACACGAGGACUUGGGAGAAGAACGGAUUUUCCAGGUCCACGAGCAAUUCCAGCGUCCGCCCUGGCGCUACCAGUGUGCCCAGAUUGCUCAUGGGCAAAGCCACCCCUAUGCCCCAGCUCAGCAGGACUUCUACAGCCUGGAGGACCAGCUGCCCGUGUGGGGCAUCAGGCGGGUGCACUGCGGCCCCGAAAUCCUGCGCGUCACCCUCUACUGCAGCUUCGACAACUAUGAGGAUGCAGUGAGACUCUACGAGAUGAUCCUACAGAAAGAAGCGAGUGUGCAGAACAGCAGCUUCUGUGUCUUUGUGCUGUGCGUGACCCGAGGGGUUGCCGUGCAGCUCUGCCUCAAGCAGCUGCCCGUCGGGGUGGCUGCUGAGCCAAAGGAGUCGUCCGCUUUGCAGUUCAAGGUGCAAGAAAUCGGGCAGCUGGUGCCUCUCCUGCCCAACCCCUGUAUCCCCAUCAGCAGCACCAGGUGGCAAACCCAGGACUACGAAGGAAAUACAAUUAUCCUUCAGGUUCAAGACAGCUCCAAGCCCCAUCAAACAAAUGUUGGCUUUUCAAAUCAGCACAGUGAUGCAGGCAAUGACAAAAUUCUGCAGGACUCUGUCCCCGCAAAACGAGGUAAUCCUGGGUGGAGAAGUCAGGAGGUCAGACCCAUGAAAGGUAAACCAAAAUCUGACCAAAGCAAAGCUCUAACUUCUGAGAAAGCUGGCAGUGACCUCCACAGGCACUUCUGCUCUUCUCACAGUGGUCCAGCAGCCCGGUGGCAUGGGUGGGAUGCCACCUCCCUGCGCAGGCAGGGGAGCAGCAAGCUGCGGGCUUCUCUCCAGGAGAGCCGUGCUGGUGGGCAGGCACCCGAGACCAACGUCGACACCGGCCUCGCCGUGGUGACCCCUGCGAGUGGCUGCUGCCCCCUGAACCACUUCUCCAGGGACCUGCGGAGCAGCCUCCUCCAGCCACCAGCACCCACGGAGGGGAACGGCAGCACCGUGUCCUGGAGGGACAGGACCCCACUGCUGCUCGCUCCAGCCAAAAGGAGCAGAGGAACAGGGCAAAGAGCCUCAGGCUGUCACUCAGUAACGCUGAGGGGCAGCCCCACGAGCAGAGCGGAGGAGGAGGAGGAAGAGUUCUUUAUAUGACUGACAACAAACGUGCUGGGUGGACUCGUGUCCAAACGAGAGCGGAGUGCUCUUGGGUGUCUCGUGCCCCUUCAUUUCAGGGAGUGAUGCUGAGGAGGGUGAGAGCAAAGCAGAAAAAAUAACACAGUACUUACAGAAAGCUUUAUUUUUUUUUUAAAUGCAGGAUAUAUUGGAGGAUUAUUGUGCAAUGAAUAGGAAUAAGCCAUAUGACUCCUAGAGCUGUUCUAAGAUGUUGAAAGCAAUACCCAGUGACACGUUCAGGUGGGGUUAGAAAGUGCAACUUGCCUGAGCAGCAGGAUGUCCCCAGCCAUUGGGACUUGUCACCCCUCACCGGGAUGUAUUGGCCCAAGGUAGUGGCACAGUCACAGUGGUGUAAUGCCAAUUUUCCUCUAUGUUCCUUCUGUUUCCCCUGUUGUUGGUAUUUAAAAGCUACCAAUGUUGUCAAUUUUAUGCAAGAUGUGAAAUGUAAGAAUAUUCUUUUAAAAUACUAUUGCAGGAAAAAAUUUCUAGAGAGACCUUUUCCACGAAUCAGCGCAGUACAUGCAAAAAGGCAACCCUUGCAGACAAUAGUUCGAGCUGUUUGUGCUCCAGUGAGCCCUGCUGUUGCUUGUUCAUAUGACACUAGUGAAAUACACCCAGCAACAGGCCAGGCUUUGUUAGACCAGGGUGCAGUUAUCAGCAGACAACCCUAACUGGGCUUUAAUUAACAGAAGUCUUGGAGGGAAAUACUGGAUGCUGAAGAGUAAAAAAGACAAGAGAAAUGAAGUCAUGUUUCAGCAACGGAUGAUGAAAUAACUCUCAUCUUGAUCAGCAGCUUUCUUUUCUCAAGCAGGAUUGAGUAAAUCUCAAAGGGAAUGAGAUGGGAAGGGCAUGACAGAGGAAUGGAAUUAUUAAAGGAAAAGCCAAGUCUGAUCACACUUACCUUCCAAAUAACAGAAACAAAGAGGUAUUUUCUCCUUAAGUAUAUCUGAACUCUGCUUUACACAAAAGUGUGAAUUUGUUUGGAGAGUGCCUUCUCAUUGCCUCUUCUCAGACCAUAACUCAAGUUUGACAGGGGAUGGAGAGGCAGAGGGUGAUGGGCAGCAGCAGAGCCUUCGGGCGAGGAUCUUCUGCAGAAUUUUAUGGGUUUUCACACUUGUACAUGUGCCACCUGGACACAGCCCAUGCUGCACUGCCACAGCUUCUUACCCAGGAAAGUCCAAAGCCCCCACACUGCUGCGGGUGGGCUGUGCAGCCCAGUGGGACUGGAGAGCAGUGACACUGCUGGACGGCGGCUCGGGCUUCGGGAAAGCCCAGAAUUUUGGGAAAGUCUGAAGGUGCAGCCAAGUUGGUCUGAAAAGCUGCAGGUGGGAAGAGGGCAGUCCCUGCCCUGUGCUCUCACAGCUGGCGUUGCCCUGGAAAUGAUGCUCACAUACCCUCUGAUUCAGGGACCUAAACCUGCAGAAAGCUGAACAGGACAUGUAGUCCCUGGACAAUUACACCAUUACCCCAUGUUUUCAUAGGCUCUGUAAAAUUUUGGACUUUUUAAUAAAUCAUA